UGGUUGGUGGAGCUGGUCGUGGAAGAAAAGGGGCAGUUUUGACGAAUACGAGACCGAGGAAAUUGAGCUCGGCAUGGGCAGAGCUGGAGCCUGCAGGUACUGGGAUCAUGAUAUCAGCACCCAGCUUCCUCUUAUUCCUUUGCUGGAUGGCACUUUCGGCUCGGAGGCCACGCGGUGCUCCUGUCAUGGUGAUGCAGAGACGACCACAGCAGACGGGAUAUGGCGAAGGGAUGGAGCCUUAAGGGAGCCACCAACCGCUGGAGUUCUCAUACGUAGGUCCUAUGUGUGACCCAUGCACAGUUCCGGAGGUGUGAUUGCAGUCACGACGUGUUUGUUGAAAUGCAUAAGGGGGGGGUAUUUGCAGCAUCAAACAGCACUGGUAGCUCGCCGUCAUCCCAUGAAUGGCUUCGCUUUACAAACUGACGGUAAUCUCGAACUUUGUUCUUAUUAUUGUCAGGCUCCAUUCUUGCUGUAUGAGGGUCUGACCACAAGCCAUUCGUCAUAAACAGCAGAUACGUUUAACUGAGUUCUCAAAUAGUAGAAAAUGAGCCAACAUUUCAUGAACAUUCAGUAGGUGGUUGAUGCUGUAAGAUGGAAUGUGAUUCUUGAUGUGAAGCAACUGCAGUUGGCAAAAUUAAGAGAUACAUCCUUCCUGAAGAGAAUAACGAUAUACACAAAAUACCAGAGUGAAUAGAUAGAUAUUUUUGUUGAAAAUUUGUUGAUCAUGACACAUUGCUUUUACCAUUUUCCAUAAUUUGGUAUCCUUGCUCAAUGACAGAAGAAGAUUCUGAUCCCAAAUGGUUGGGACUUUACUGCUUGUCGGUGUUGUAGUGGUGCUGGUGGUAUUACUGCUGUGAAGUUAAGAGAAAUUUGUUCCAGGUCAAAGAGAUAACUAGUAUGAUACAAAGUAGGAUAAAUUGUAGAGGAAAUCUUGCUGAGACCCAGAUUGAACAGUUGUUAGUUGGCAAUACAUUGACAGUAACUGGAGUUUGCAUAGAAGAAUGUUUAAUUUCAUGAUGGUAUCUUCACCUCAUCCAGAAAAUACACUUAGUGAAGCAAUUGGUGUUAGCUUUUCAAAUUGGAAUAUGAAGACUAAGUUGUUCAUUAUCACCUUAGACAACAACUGCUCAACACAUGACGUCUAUAGUGCUAAUCUUAGAGAUCUUUCCAACAAGAACAUUCUUAUGAUGAAAGGAAGGAAAAUUUGCUGAGAUAGCCUUACAAAUUGAGAUCUGAUGACUAUAAUGAAGCUCUAUCAGCUCAUGACUGGGUCACUGGAAGAUACUGGAGAUCGUUUCUCCACACCUAAAACUUUUGUAUGACUCUGUGAAUAGUAUCCUCACAACAAUAGAGGAAACUGCAAAUAUAUAGUUUUCAAGAAGCACGAGAAAUCCAGCUAGAGCUAAUUAACACAACAUUGAAUCAGGAACACCAUGGUGAGCACCAUACCUAAGGAGAUGCAUGAAAAGUAUGACAAAUAUCAGAAACAUUAAAAGCCUUGUUUUAGCAUUUUCAGUGGUUAUGGACCUUGAGUCACAAUGAAGCUUGUUGCAUGGGUGAAGAUUCUGCCAGAUAUGUUAAGGUGGUUAAUGAUAUUUAUGAAGUAUAUCUUAAGUAUGUUACCAAGCCACUUCCAAGUUACACCAGCUUAUGUAGAACUAAAGGAGCCCAAGCAGUUGAAUGGCAAUGACAACAACCAAUCCUCAACACCAUAUCCCACAGGCAAUGGGCUUCUUGUCUUCAAUAUCUAUCUCUCCAGGAUAGAAUUGAUGAAUCAGCCAACAGAGUCUGAGUCUCUUGUCCUGUGGAUCUUAGGGUUUGAUCCAAACUGUUGGAAGCUCAACAACCUCUAAGUAUCCUAUUUUAUCCAAGAUGACUAUAUUUUUUGGCUCAGGGACUGGAAGCAGAGUCCUUAAUGAGUAUCAAUCCAGACAGAGUGGAGGCUCUUUUUUUGUGCAGAAGACUAGCUCCAGUAUUCAUCCAUCAUGGCAGAGCCACCCUCAACCGCAACAGUGAAAGUGCAAUUCUAGCCUGUCCAAAACUACGUGUCAUCGCAGCAUUGCAGACAGCAAAUAUGAUUAGAUGAGGUCAGUGCCUGUUACAUAAAUGAACUACUCCAUGGAGAUUGUGUGACAUGGUUUUAAGUGGUCUACGAGUUAGUCUCCACUAUGAGAUUGUUAUGCCGUUAAUUUUACUACCUCAACGAAACAAGAUGUGAUGGGAUUAAACUACUCAAGGUGCUAUAGUCAAGUCAUCGAAGACAGUAUAUGCCUGCAAGUAAUCAAAGAUCAAAGAUCUUUGAUUAUCCAGAUCUUGUUUAUCCAGCUGAUCAAAGAUCUUAACGGCACCCAGAAAAAAUCGUUUUCGACCUCCCUGUUAUCUCGGCAUCCAUCUUCAUCCUCUGUUGUCCACCAACACCAUCACAAGGCCUCUUGCAUGUUGGAUGGCUAAUGGCCUGGUUGAAGACAAACUUAUCGAACAUCCGACUUUGUCUAUAGAUGCUCCAAUCGUCCAGCGCGGGUCGGAGUUUAAAUUGCUGGCCAAAAAUAUCUCUUUCCCUUUUGCUUCGUCUUCGCCUUCUCCCGUCCCCGCGCCGACCACAACCUCACCAUUUCAAGCCCCGACUCCUUCAUCUCCUCCUCCUCCAGAAGACGGGCUCCCGAAGCUGCCGCAAGUCCGUUUCCGCCGGCCACAACAGACGACGCAGAUUGGCGGUAGCUCCUGCUCCAAGAUCACCUGGAAGUGGUUGUCCGGCCGGUUUUGUCGAGUCCAAGUGUCCGACCGUAGCAGCACUCGCUAAGAACUCGGGGUCCUGUUUCCUCCCUCUUCUUCCUGUUAAGGUAUUUUGGGAGAGAGGUGAAGCGCGGGUGAGCGGAUGCUCGGUCGGCCCGAGGAGGAGAGGGAUGAAGAUACUGUGCGACGUGUGCGAGGGGGCGGUGGCGGCGGUGCUGUGCUGCGCCGACGAGGCCGCGCUCUGCUGGGGCUGCGACGAGAAGGUGCACGCCGCCAACAAGCUCGCCGGGAAGCACCAGCGGGUCCCUCUCCUCCCCACCAAUUCCAACUCUUGUUCUUCUUCUUCUUCUUCUUCACAAACCCCCACCUGUGAUAUAUGUCAGGAAAAAGUUGGGUAUUUCUUCUGCUUAGAGGACCGUGCUCUGCUCUGUCGGCAGUGCGACGUAGCCGUCCACACCGCCACUCCGUACCUAUCUUCCCAUAGGCGCUUCCUGAUCACCGGCAUGAGAGUUCCACUCCAACACAACUAUCUUACCAAGGAUGGUAACAACAACAACCACCCUCUUGAAUCUCGUGAUGGCCGAUUCAAUUGUCAAUAAGAAGCUUCAAGCAACCACAUCAGGGUAUGCUUCAAGGAUCCAUAAUGGCUUUGGCAUGAACUUGUUGAUGGUUUCGAGUUUGAUCAGCAUUGCGGGCUGUCGGAACCAGGUUCCUCGAGCUAAAGCAGGUUGCUAAAAAAUUUUAUUCCUUGGUUAUAAAACCAGAAAAGAAAAUGUAGUACAUGAACUUAUUUCACUAUUUUGAUUCUUCUUUUGACUUAUUUUUCUUGGUAAAUCCCCAAAGAUGGGGUCUCUAGCUUUGUAUCUGAACUGGUAGCUCUGUUCAUUGAUAUUUUUUCUUCAUGGCACUGUUUGUAGACCACAUGGCAAAUUAGUAAACCAAAAUCAUGCAGUUAGAAGUAAGUGUCCAUUCAUUCUUCUUGCA